AAUUUUUCAAAAAUGGGUAGAAACAAUCUCUUGCCCAUCUUCUUGCUCGUCCUUCUGACUUUUAGUUUUGUCUCCGUGUCUGGACAAACUUGCGUGGACAGUGCAGGGACUUUCAGACCAAACUCUACUUACAACUCAAACCGUCUACUCAUCCUCUCGUCUCUUGCCUCUAACGUUACUUCCCGAGAUGGCUUUUUCUACAACUCUUCCAUUGGACAAGAACCAAACCAAGUCUUCGCCAUGGGCUUUUGCAUCCCCGGAUCCGAAUCAAACGAUUGCUUCGACUGUAUAACCGAAGGAGUCACUGAGCUAAUACAGAGUUGUCCCAACCAAACCGAGGCUUACUCAUGGCCAGGAACCAACACACUCUGCAUGGUUCGUUACGCAAACCGUUCUUUCUUUGGUUCGAUGGAGCUUGAGCCACACACCGUAAGGUACAACGGCGGAAACAUCACGUCGGAUGUUUCGGAGUUCCAUAGAAUUUUGGACGCCUUCACACUUCAAAUGAUAGAAGCAGCUUCCUCGGGACGAAACGGAGUUACAUCUUCUUCUAAUGGUGGUAAGUAUUAUGCGGCGAACGUAACGUCAGUGACGACUUUUCAGCGAAUUUAUGCGUUGAUGUCAUGCUCUCCGGAUUUAUCUCCGGGAAACUGUGAUGCUUGUCUCCGUGCAAAUGUUCGGAGCUAUCAAGAGUGUUGUCGCGCGAAUAUAGGAGGUGCUACUAGGAGGCCGAGCUGUUAUGUCCGGUGGGAUCUUUAUCCUUUCUUAGGGGCUUUUGAUAAUAUUGGAGAUGCUCCUAGUCCCACCAAGAAAGAUGACGAUUCGCUUUCGGUGGGAGCUGUUGUGGGUAUUGUGGUUGCAAUCGUUGUCAUUGUCUUGAUGCUGCUCGGUCUUGCGUUUGCUUUUUACCGGAGGAAAAGAUCGUACGGAGAAAUUGAUUUUCAAUCUGGUGAUGAUAUUUCAACCCAACAUUCACUUCAAUUCGAUUUUAAGACAGUCGAAGCUGCAACAGAUAAGUUUUCGAGGAGUAACAGGCUAGGUCAAGGUGGAUUCGGGGAAGUAUACAAGGGUGUACUUCCAAAUGGAACAGAAGUAGCGGUUAAGAGACUGUCAAAAACGUCAGGACAAGGUGCAGAAGAGUUCAAAACAGAGGCUGUUCUUGUAGCUAAGCUCCAACAUCGAAACCUGGUUAGGCUUCUUGGGUUUUGUUUGGAAGGACAAGAAAAAAUUCUUGUGUACGAGUUAGUUCCCAACAAGAGUCUUGAUUAUCUAUUGUUUGACAAUGAAAGGCAAAGUCAAUUAGAUUGGACAACAAGAAACAAGAUCAUCAAAGGGAUUGCUCGAGGAAUGCUAUACCUUCAUCAAGAUUCUCGGCUUACAAUCAUACACCGCGAUCUUAAAGCCAGUAACAUUCUUUUAGAUGCAGAUAUGAACCCGAAAAUUGCGGAUUUUGGCAUGGCCAGGAUUAUUGAGAUUGAUCAAACACUAGACAAUACAAACAGAAUUGUUGGAACAUACGGCUAUAUGUCUCCUGAGUACGCGAUGCAUGGAUUGUACUCCACAAAGUCUGAUGUCUAUAGCUUUGGAGUCUUAGUUCUCGAGAUUAUUAAUGGCAAGCGGAAUAGUAGCUUCCACCAAACAGACAGUAAUGGUAGCAACCUGGUCACAUAUGCAUGGAGGGUUUGGAGAAACGGGUCACCUUUUGAACUAGUGGAUCCAGAUGUUGGAGAGAGUUGUGACACCAACGAAGUUACAAGAUUCAUCCAUAUCGCCUUGUUAUGUGUUCAAGAAAAUCCCAAGGAUCGUCCAACUUUGUCGACAAUCAUCAUGAUGCUCACAAGUAACACAAUCACUUUACCGGUGCCUCACCAACCUGGAUUUUACUUCGGAAGCAUACACAAUCAAGACUUAGCAGCUGAAGAUUUAGAGUCAGGUCAAUCUACCAAUGAUGCAACGAUUACUGAUAUGGAUCCUCGUUAAAUAUCAAUCUUGGUGUUCUCUAGUAUGGUUUUUGUGUUGUAUUUUUGGUGUUAGAGCUCCAAGAUUGCACUUCACCUAUCAUUGUAAAUUUGUUACUGAGCUCCUGAAUUGAAUUUCUGGAGGAUGUCGUAUCAGUUUCGUUGAUGAUUCAGGCAUUCACAUACUCUUGUCUCUUCA